CGCUACGACGACCACCACAUCUCUUGUUGCCAGCGCACGUCUUAUCCCUUCCCGACUACCGUCUGUCGCGUAAAAGCCGAUACCCUACAUAUUUUGCGAUUCAAUUGAACGCUCGAAGCCACCAUCGCAACCAUGUCCGACCCGUUACUCUUCGAAGACACCUUCACGAUCACCGCGAUCAACUCCCAGAAAUAUGACCGUGUUUCGCGUCUGAGCUGCAACUCGACCGACACCCUUUCGCACUUCACCCUCGAUGUCAACUCCGAGCUUUACCCUUGCGUUGUUAACGAGUCGCUGAACAUGGCUCUGGCCUCGACGCUUUCUCUGGAUGGCAAGGACGACUCCGGUUCGAAGGGCUGGAGAGAGGUUGGAAUGGGCGAGCAGACUUUGGCUAAUGACUACGAUUAUGUCUGCCACGGCAAGGUUUACCGCUUUGAGGAGGGUUCCAGCCAGGGUAACAUGGCCGUUUUCAUCUCUUUCGGUGGUCUUUUGCUUUACCUCGAAGGUCCUUACAAGAAGCUGGCACCCUUGAGGAUCGACUACGUGUAUCUGCUCCUGAAGAAAUAGAGAGAAAAAAGAACUUUCACGACCAUCACAUAUAGUGUUCAGAAGGUCUGAGGCGUUGGCCCGUUCUGUCUCGGAUAGUCAGAAAAGUCUUUUGCAUGCUUGGGGUACUUUGAUUGCAGCGCCGGCGUUUGAUUGGUGAUAGGGUAUAUCAAAUAGAACAUUAAAUCUUGCU